AUGAACCGUCACCCGCCAUCCAGCUUCGGCGACGAGCCGCCCUCAUACGACAACGAGGCCGCUUCAUUCCUAUCCCACGAUGAUUCACCCACUGCGCCUUCGAGACACAAUGGCCCAUCGAUGCGCCUGCUACCAACGAGCAGCAAUGUCGAUAGCGAUCUAAGCGGAAGCUACAGACCUGUUUCGCCUUCGCAAUACUCCCACUAUCAAUCAGAAUAUGCCGAAACAACUAGUCCAACCGGAGCAGUGCCCGGCUACGACAGUCGCUUCUACCAGGUACCCACAGCAACUUCACCUUCACGCCCGCCAUCCAGCUUAGGGACCGCACCCACCAUCCCCCCCACCGACUGCCAGCCUAGCAGAUACAUCAGUUUACCCUUCAAUUCCACCCCGAGUGGGCUCUCCAACACGCCCAUGGAGUCCGGGACAUCCAGCUCCAGGUACAGUGGCAGCCCUCGCCGACCACUUCCUCCUGCGCCUCUAUUCUCUGGCCCCGCCGCUUCAGCUGGAGCAGACAGUAGUAUCGAUAUUGGUGAUCAUGAGGAUCCCUUCGGUGGUGAUGGCCGGACCAUUCAUCACAACUCUCGCGGCAGUGUCCGAUCAUUCAUGAGCGAGUCUACCAUAUUGGGAGACGAGAAAGAUGCGAUGUCAAAGGUCGAUCUGGAAGAAGAGGGGGACGAGGAGGACGCCGCCAGCAUGAUUGAUCCAAAUCUUCACUAUGGACCCGCGCCCGAUAAGCAAGGCCGUCGAGGUGUCCGCUCGACUCAGAUGGUCAAGAAGGAGGUUCAGCUCAUCAACGGUGAACUGAUCCUUGAGUGCAAGAUCCCAACUAUUUUGCACAGUUUCCUUCCCCGACGCGACGAGCGUGAGUUCACCCACAUGCGAUACACGGCCGUCACCUCAGACCCCGACGACUUCACGAGCCGCGGAUAUAAACUUCGUCAGCAGAUCGGAAGCACCACUCGUGAAACGGAACUGUUCAUUUGUAUCACCAUGUACAACGAAGAUGAGAUUGGCUUCACACGCACCAUGCACGGUGUCAUGCGCAACAUCAGCCAUCUUUGUUCCCGCACCAAGUCUCGUACCUGGGGUAAGGACGGAUGGAAGAAGAUUGUCGUCUGUAUCAUUUCCGAUGGUCGCAAGAAGGUCCAUCCUCGCACUCUCAAUGCUCUAGCCGCUCUCGGUGUUUACCAGGAGGGUAUCGCCAAGAACAUUGUCAAUCAGAAGCCAGUCACAGCACACGUCUACGAGUACACAACUCAAGUGUCACUCGAUUCUGACUUGAAGUUCAAGGGUGCUGAGAAGGGCAUUGUUCCUUGCCAGGUUAUUUUCUGUCUCAAGGAGCAGAACCAAAAGAAACUGAACUCCCACCGUUGGUUCUUCAACGCUUUCGGUCGCGCUCUGCAGCCGAAUAUCUGUGUGCUACUGGAUGUUGGUACCAAGCCCGAACCCAGCGCCGUGUACCACCUUUGGAAGGCAUUCGACCAAGACUCCAACGUCGCUGGUGCUGCCGGAGAGAUUAAGGCCGGUAAGGGUAAGGGUAUGCUGGGUCUGCUCAACCCCCUGGUCGCCAGUCAGAACUUCGAAUACAAGAUGUCCAACAUCCUCGACAAGCCUCUCGAGUCCGUUUUCGGAUAUAUUACAGUGUUGCCCGGUGCGCUGAGUGCCUAUCGCUUCUUCGCUUUGCAGAACGAUGCCGACGGACACGGCCCGCUAAACCAGUACUUCAAGGGUGAAACCUUGCACGGUCAAGAUGCUGAUGUCUUCACUGCCAACAUGUACCUGGCUGAGGAUCGUAUUCUCUGCUGGGAGCUCGUUGCGAAACGAGAAGAGAGAUGGGUCUUGAAGUUCGUUAAGAGUGCGGUCGGUGAGACUGAUGUUCCUGACACGGUGCCCGAGUUUAUCUCGCAGCGUCGUCGUUGGCUGAACGGUGCUUUCUUCGCGGCUGUGUAUUCGACAAUCAAUGCGAAGCAGAUCUGGAAGACGGAUCAUACGCUUGCGCGGAAGAUUUUGUUGCACAUUGAAUUCGUUUAUCAGACUCUCAACCUUGUUUUCACUUACUUUGGACUGGCUAAUUUCUACCUCGCUUUCUACUUCAUCGCUGGUUCUUUGAGUGACGAGAAACUUGAUCCAUUUGGCCAUAACAUGGGCAAGUACAUCUUUAUUGUACUACGAUAUGCCUGUGUCUUGGUAAUGUGCUUGCAAUUCAUCAUCUCUCUUGGUAAUCGACCGCAAGGUGCCAAAAACAUGUACCUUAUGGGCAUCAUCGUGUACAGUGUGAUCAUGUUCUACACAAUCUUCUGUACCCUUUACCUCGUGGUUCUGGAGUUGAUGUCCCGCGCUGGCAUUGAUUCCGGCAAGGAGCUUACAGUGUCUAGCACACUAAUGAUGAACAUCGUCUUAUCCAUGCUUUCAACCGUUGGCCUGUACUUCUACACCUCCUUCCUCUACCUCGACCCGUGGCACAUGUUCACCUCUUCGAUCCAAUACUUCCUCCUGAUGCCCAGUUACAUUUGCACCCUUCAGGUUUAUGCCUUCUGUAACACUCACGAUGUGACGUGGGGUACUAAGGGAGACAACGUGAUCAACACAGAUCUGGGAACGGCAAAGGUCAUCAACGGCAGCACCGUCCUCAUGGAAAUGCCAUCUGAGCAACUCGAUAUCGAUAGCGGCUAUGAUGCUGCCCUGCGCAACCUCCGUGACCGCCUCGAAGUCCCUGAGCCUCCCCUGUCUGAUUCCCAGAUGCAAGAAGACUACUACCGCGCCGUCCGUACCUACAUGGUGUCCAUCUGGAUGGUUGCUAAUCUCAUCCUCGCCAUGUCGGUUUCCGAAGUUUACGGUGUUGACUCAGGCGGCACAAAUAUCUACCUUUCCAUUAUCCUGUGGUCUGUCGCCAUUCUCGCUGCCAUUCGUGCCGUCGGUUCAACUGCAUACGCUCUACUGCACCUAAUCCACAAGAUUGUGGAAGGAAAGACCAAGUUCCAGGCCGGCAACAUCUCUAACUUCGCGCCCAGUUCCUUCGGCGGUAGUUCCACUGGUGGCUCUUCUGAAGGCGGCUCUUCUAAACCAAAUCCCAUUCGGUAUAGCGGUGGUCCUAGCAUGAAGGACAGGGUUUCCGAGGCGAAGUGGGCUGUUAGUCGAGGUGUUGGUAAAAUGAUGUUCUGGCGCAAGUAG